UCAGCCGAUCUGGAAACGUGCGGCCGAUUUUGUGAAGUUAAUGUGCCUAAAAAACUGCUGCACAUUUGUUUUAAACUAAUUUUAACAGUUCAAUCCAACAGGUGCCACAAAGAGACACUCUCAAUAUCAUCGGAGAGGAGAGGUGAGCACGCUAAAAGAGAGUGGAGAAGAGCGGGACUACAUUUGUGUUUGGGAGUGGAAAUGUACUCUGACAAUGACGAGGUCCACGAUAAUUCGAGUGGUGCACAGCGCAUCCGGAACGUGCUGACUCUGGAGGAGCGGGUAUCCGCCAUCCGGCAGUACGACAUCGUGCCCAUGUACAGUAAGAUUGCCCGGAACUUCAACUGCAGCUGGGAGCAGAUCAAGAGCAUAGUCUCCAAUCGCGAGGCGAUCCUGGAGUUCCACGAGGCCACCAAUCGCAUGACCCAGCCGGCCAACAAGGAUGGCGAGCUGCGCAGGCGCAAACUGAACUUUCUGGGCCACUGCCUGUACGAGUAUAUCCAAAGGGCCCAGUUCUAUCUGCACAGCGAUGUGAACGAGGAGAUGAUCCGCAACCGGGCGAUCGAGUUCCGUGACCUAAUGAGAAUCGAGGGCUUUGUACCGAACAAGCCGUGGAUCAAUCACUUCAAGGCUGCCUACAAUAUAACCCUGUCGAAUCGUCAGAUAACAAUAACUCGUCGACCGCCUCGAUCUAUGGAUUUGAGGGACAUAAUGUCCUAUUGUGGCCGGCACACCUCCAUGGCCUGCAGUUUGGUCCCCAGAUCACCGGAACCCGCUCCCACAACUAGCGACCAAAGGGGCAUUGAUCGACCUCUGUAUCGCACCAAGACAUUGGUGACCACAUCGUGCCAAAAUCAAGCCACCUCGGAUGAAGUGCACCUGCGGCGCAAGCGGAAGAUUACUUUCUUGGAGAAGUGUCUCUACGAGUACAUCCAGCGAUCGCAGUUGCAUCACAAGGGCAGACUUGACCUGGACAACUUGCGAACGGUGGCCAUUAGUUUGCGGGACAUCCUCAAGAUCGAGUCCUUUUUCCCCGACAAAGUGUGGUUCAACCACUUCAAGAGCCGGUACAACUUUACUUUUUCUGUGGGUGUUCCCGUGACCAAUCGUCGGGUGCCUCUCUCCCUGGACCUCCGGGAUAUAGUCAGCUAUUGUGGUCGGUAUGAAAAUAAAAUUACCCUGGCCCACAAGAAGACAGAGGAUGAACUGAGAACUGACUUUGUCCACCUACCGCUGGUGGACCAAAAACCCGAAGAAUUGGAGCCUGAAGAUGAUGACGAUUGUGUUGCCAUCGAAGUACCGCAGGAACUCAUAGAAAUUAAGGAUGACGAGGAUGAGGACCCACCGCAGAAAGUAAUUAAGCGAAAGAGGGAGGAAGAUGAUGAUCCAGUGCCCUGCGGCCUGAAGAUAAAAAAGGUCCAAUCGCUUAGUGAUGUAUUGUCUGCGGAUAUGGAAAUACCCCCCGCCCACAGUCCAGGUCAUUAUUCAGAGACCAGCGAUGAGGCGCAUCUGCCACGUUGCGUGGAAAGCUACAAGGAUGCACUGCGUCUGCUGAAGCCCCUGGAGGAGUUUGCCCUGAUGGAGGAGAACUAUCGAGCCAUCGGGCUGCUCACCCAGCUGGAAAAGAUCUUUGAGAGCGGAGCAAAAAAUAAUGCCGAGAAGGACACCUCCAUAGAAUAGAAAACAAGAGAGAACGCUAUAGUCGAGUGCCUCGACUAUUAGAUACCCGUUACUCAGCUAAACAACUUAA